UUUGAAGGAAAAAAAGAAAAAGAAAAACAAUACAAUAGUAUCACUAGAGUCUACGGCGUUACAAAUACUAGUAGGCUGAGUCACCGAACCCACAAUCUCGCCGGCGGUCAUCGGAAAUUUUACUAAAUGCAGAAUUCCGAUAACGUUCGCGACCUUCCGAUCGAUAUAGCUUUCGCACGUCUUGGCGAAUGGCUGGUUGAUCGGAAAAGAAUACCAUCAGAUUGGAGAAAAAAAGUGGCGGUUAUCAAAUCAAAGAUUUCAACUGCUUUUCAAUCUCUUCCUAAAGAUAUUCAUCCUUUUUUCCAAACCCUAGAGCUUGAUGGGAUUGGAUACUUGGAAGCUAAAAAAAUAUAUGACAUACUUUUGAAAUCAACUUCAGAAAGCCGCAAUAUUUUCGGCCGGCUUUCGGGUGAUGCUGGUGCUUGGGAGGCAAUCGUGCGAGCUUACGAAAAGGACCAUUUGUUCCUUGGGGAGGCUGCUCAGAUUAUGGUCCAAAAUGUGAACUAUGAAAUCCCGUAUCAUAAAAAGCUCAUUCAGAGGACACAACAACAGCUUGCUGAGCUAGAAAGAAAGGAAACUGAUAUCAAAAGAAAUGCAGCUCUUUCAGCUGCUAAGUAUGCAGAGGCAUGCCAGGAGCUAGGAUUGCAGGGAAUCAAUGUGAAGUCGGAAUUGUUGGAAACUGCAUCAAGUUCACUACCCGUCACGUUUAGCAACUUGCUAGAAGUUUUGAAAUGUGAUUCCGUUUCACGGGCUAUUGAAUAUUAUUCCAAUUUUGUUAGAGAUGCUCACACAGAAAAAGAUAAAGUUCCAGAGACGGUAUUACCAAAUUUGAGGGAUAUCAUUGAUAAUCCCCCAAAUCUUGAAGUUUAUGUAGCUUCAGAAGCACUUACUUCUGUGAAUGCUCAAACAAACCCCAAUGAACCAAAUCUGUCGACUUUAGAAGCUGAUCUCGCAGCUGAUAGCAUUGACUGGGAUAUUACUUUAGAUAGCUCACAGAUCGAUUGGGAUAUUGGCACGGUGGAAGAAGAUGGUGGUAAUGGAUUAGGUUCCUAUGAAAUUGUCGAUGCCAGUGAGAUUCCACAAGGUGCUCUAAAUGAUGGGGUGGACCCUGAUGAGAUUAAUAGAGAAAAUAUGGUGACAGAAAUCUCUUGGGAUAUCAGUGUUGACAAUCCUGAAGUUGAGUUGGCUCAAGAUAGUGCUUCAACAAACAUAAUUCAAGGAGAAGAUGCAUCAGGGAUAAAUGUUUUUAAUGAAAGUCAAAGAUCCAGCCAAGUCAGGAGCCAGCUUUUGGAGACGGAGUAUAGGAGUAAGAUUCUUGAUGAUAUGUUUGAGAUCAAAGCUUUUCUUAAUCAAAGAAUUAUGGAGUUGACAAAUACAGAGACGUUGUCUUUACAACAUCAAGUUCAAGCAGUGGCUCCCUUUGUGUUGCAGCAGUACACUUCUGAUGCUAUCCAAUCAAUGCUGUCUGAUGUCUCCUCGGCCAUUUCCUUGCUCACAAAUAGGAAAACAAGAGACCUUAUUAUGAUUCUCAACUCGAAAAGAUUUCUAGAAAGAUUAGUGAGCACGUUGGAAGAAAAGAAGCAUCAUGAGGCAAAGUUGAAGGAAGGGUUAAGUGAGUUGGUUAUUAAACGCAUGGAGCUACAAAACUCACUAUCUUCGGUGUGGCCUAAACAAGAAGCAGCAGUUGCAAAAACAAAGGAGUUGAAGAAGCUUUGUGAAACUACACUUUCAUCUAUGUUUGAUGGAAGGCCUGUAAAGAUUAUCGGAGAAAUUAACAGCAUGUUGAGUAACGCUGGUGCCUGAAACAUACUCUUUUGUUUUUCUAGUUAAUAGCUAGUUUUGUUAAUUAGUACAAUUUAAGCGUUUCGUUUCUCCAAGUAUCAGAUAUUGCCUUAAAAGCGAUGCUGAUGUGUGUUCUAAACAGGCUUGCUGACGUACUUUUAACUUAUAAUGUGUGGUUGUCACGUUGCUUUUAUCGUAUAAAAAGAGAGCCCAUUCACAGCAAA